AUGGAUGAUAUUGUGGGGUUUGGAUUUCGUCCUACUGAUGAGGAGCUCGUCGGUUACUACCUCCCUAACAAAAUCAUUGGAAAUGACUGCCUCGUACAAGACUACAUCAACGAGGUCAACAUCUCUGACUUCGAUCCUUGGAACUUGCGCUUUCAAUCGAAGGUGAAAUCGAGAGACCUUGUGUGGUACUUCUUUUCUCGUAGGGGUUCGAACGGGGACAGACAGAACAGGAGAACGAGUUCUGGAUUCUGGAAGAUUACCGGGGAUCCUGUAGAAGUUAAAGAUCAGUGGGGAACUUGGUGUGGAGUUAAAGGUAAGAUUGGUUACAAAAGGGUUUUGGUGUUCCGCAUGGGAAGAAGCUCGAGCUCUCAGAGCACUAAAUCUGAUUGGGUUAUGCACGAGUAUCAUUACACUCUCUUACCAGAAGAUCAGAGGACAUACGUCAUAUGCAGAUUGGAAUAUAAGGGUCAUGACAUGAACAUUCUGUCUGCUAACCCAACAGAUCCCAUGCCAACUUUUGUCACCAAUGCCACUACAUCAGGUUCUGUGGUCAGUCAAUCAGGUCAAGGAAACUCAGCAUCUUUCAACACUUUCUCUGACUAUGAUGUAGCAAAUCAUGGGCAGUGGUUUAAUGACGACUUUAACUUGCAUCAACCAGUGGUCUCAUAUGAUGAUGAUACACAUAGAAUUUGGGAUUAUGUCGUUGAAGAGAAUUUCAGCCAUUACCGGCCCAAGAAACCUGUCACAGGUGUUUUUGUUGAUGAUAGCAGUGAUGCUGAUAACACUGACACUGAAUCUACUACAGGUAAUUAUGUUAAGCAGUAAAGCAAAUGCGAAUAAAAACAAAUGGAUGGAGGGGAAAUCAAUAGUUAGCAUAGGGCUAGUUAACAAGUUUGUAAUGUUAACUGAGG